CGCAAAAUUUGAAUCGACCAGGAAGCGUUGAACGUUUCCAGCCCGCGGUCAGUCAGAGAUGUCGAUCUAAACGCGAUUAAUCCACACUAAUUCCCGUUUACCUCUCCAGAUAUUCUCGCUUGAGCAUCAGUGAUGUUGAAGUUUAAAUAUGGAGGCCACGGCAGCGUUAAAGACCUGUCUGCUGUCGACUCCAUCACCAGCCGCUGCGCUCGACUCAAUCAGCUGCUGCAGGGAAAGUGCGUUGCUCCGGUCUCCUCGGGAGUCGGUGGAGUUCCCAGAGAAGCUCUGAUCGAUGCGUUCCUGCUGCUCUAUCAAGAGUGUGCCACACCAGAGCUCAUGAAGAUCAAGCACGUGGCCAGCUUCGUCAACAAAUAUGCUGAAGUGGUGGCUGAAGUUCAGGAACUGCUUCCCGGUGAGAGGGAUUUUGAGGUGAGGGGCAUCGUGGGAAGGGGGCGCUUCUCUGAGGUGCAGGUGGUGAAGGAGAAAGCUACAGGAGACGUGUGCGCCGUGAAGAUCAGGGACAAACCCAGCCUGCGUUCACAGGACGACGCGGCGUUCUUCGAGGAAGAGCGAAGCAUCCUGGCCCUGAACUCCAGUCCCUGGAUCCCUCAGCUCCAGCACGCUUUCCAGGACCAGGACCACGUCUACCUGGUGAUGGAGUUCCUGCCCGGCGGGGAUCUCAUGGCUCUGAUGAACAGGUAUGAAGAUCAGUUAGACGAGUCUAUGGCUCAGUUUUACCUGGCGGAGCUCACACAGGCCAUCCACUCGCUCCAUCAGAUGGGAUACGUGCACAGAGCGAUUAAACCAGAGAAUGUUCUGAUCGACCGGACGGGUCACAUUAAACUGGCCGACUUCGGAUCGGCAGCCAGACUGAGCGCUAACAGAACGGUGACGUGCUCCACACCCGCGCUGGACGCUCAAGACUUCCUGGCCCCUGAGAUCCUGUCCGCGCUCAGUGGAGGGCCGAAGUGCAGCUACGGCCCCGAGAGCGACUGGUGGUCCCUGGGAGUCAUCGCGUAUGAAAUGGUUUACAUGAAGUCCCCCUUCGCUGACGGCACGUCCACAAAAACCAUCAACAACAUCAUCAACUUUCAGCGCUUUCUGAAGUUUCCAGAGGAACCCAGAGCCAGCGCUCAGUUUGUGGACCUGCUGCAGAGCUUGUUAUGUGGAUCACGGGAGCGUCUGGGAUACGAGGGCCUGCGUUCGCAUCCGUUCUUCUCCUCCGUCGACUGGACCAACCUCAGACACGCGCUUCCUCCGUUCGCUCCGUCUCUGCGUUCUGAGGAUGACACCUCCAAUUUCGAGGAGCCCGAGAGGCCCCCCCGCCCCGUGGCCGCUGCCCAGCGAGAUCAUCCUCGCUCAGGCUUCCACGGACGAGACCUGCCCUUUGUAGGGUGGUGCUUCAGUCGGGCCCUGAGCGCGCUGGCCAAGUCUGAAUCGGUUGGCGCAGGGCUCAACUCUCCUGCCAAGACCAACUCCAUGGAAAAAAAACUGCACCUUAAAAGCAAAGAACUGCAAGACACUCAAGACAAAUGUCACAAGAUGGAGCAGGAGAUCUCACGGUUUCAGCGUAAGAUGACUGACCUGGAGUCCGUCCUCCAGCAGAAGGACGUGGAGCUCAAAGCCUCCGAGACCCAGAGGAGCAUCCUGGAGCAGGACCUUGCCACCUACAUCACCGAAUGCAGCAGUUUGAAGCGCAGUCUGGAGCAGGCUCGUGUUGAAGUGUCACAGGAAGAUGAUAAAGCUCUCCAGCUCCUCCAUGACAUUAGAGAACAGAGCAACAAACUCCAGGAGAUCAAGGAGCAGGAGUAUCACGCUCAGCUGGAGGAGAUGCAGGUGACCAUCAGGCAGCUGGAGGAGGACCUGUCUGCCGCCCGCCGCCGCAGUGACCUCUACGAGACCGAGCUGAGAGAGUCACGGCAGACCAGCGAAGAGCUCAAGAGGAAAGCAGCCGAGUACCAGCAGAGGAUCCAGAAGGCGAAGGAGCAGGGCAAAGCGGAGGUGGAGGAGCUGCUCUCUAAACUCGAGAAGACGAACGCCGAGCAGCAGCUGAAGAUCCAGGAGCUGCAGGAUAAACUCUCCAAGGCGGUGAAGGCGAGCACAGAAGCCACGGAGCUGCUGCAGAACAUCCGUCAGGCCAAAGAGCGUCUGGAGCGAGAGCUGGAGCGCCUGCGCAACAAGUCUGACCCCAGCGACACGCUGCGCAGACGCCUGCGAGAGACUGAGGUGGAGGGCAGAAAGACUUUGGAAAACCAAGUGAAGCGUCUGGAGAUGGUGGAGCGUCGAGAGAAUAAACUGAAGGAUGACAUCCAGACCAAAUCCCAACAGAUCCAACAGAUGGCUGAGAAGAUACUGGAGCUUGAGGAGAACUUGAGGGACACUCAGGCUACAGCGCAGAGGAUGGAAGCCCACCUGGUCCAGAAAGAGCGACUCUACGAGGACAAAAUCAAGGUUCUGGAGGCUCAGAUGAAGGCAGAUCUGGCUGAUAAAGAGUGUCUGGAGCAGAAACGAGCUCAGCACGAGGAAGAGGCGCGUGAGAAAUGCAAACUCAUCAGUGAACAGAAAGCUACCAUCAACGCUAUGGACAACAAGAUGAAGAGUCUGGAGCAGCGCAUCGCCGAGCUCUCCGAGGCCAAUAAACUGGCAGCCAACAGCAGCAUCUACACCCAGAAAAACAUGAAAGCUCAGGAGGAGAUGAUCUCGGAGCUGAGGCAGCAGAAGUUUUAUCUGGAGUCGCAGGCGGGGAAACUGGAAGCUCAGAACGCCAAGCUGGAGGAACAUCUGGAGAAGAUGAGCCAGCAGGAGCAGAGCAGAAAGAGCCGUAUCCUGGAGCUGGAGACCAGACUCCGAGAGAUGGGUCUGGAGCACGAGGAGCAGAAGCUGGAGAUCAAGCGGCAGGUGACGGAGCUCACGCUCUCGCUGCAGGAGAGAGAGUCUCAGAUCAGCAGCCUGCAGGCGGCGAGACACGCGCUCGAGAGUCAGCUACAGCAGGCCAAGACUGAGCUGGAGGAGACCACGGCCGGAGCCGAGGAGGAGAUCACUGCGCUGAGAGCCCACAGAGAUGAGAUCCAACGCAAGUUCGACGCUCUGAGAGACAGCUGCUCGGUGAUCACGGACCUGGAGGAGCAGCUGACCCAGCUGACCCAGGAGAACGCCGAGCUGAACCGGCAGAACUUCUACCUGUCCAAGCAGCUGGACGAGCUGACGGUGGAGAGCGAGGAGAGGCUGCAGCUCAGUCAGGACGUGGACCGUCUGCGCAGAGAGGUGGCCGACCGAGAGAUGCACCUCAACAACCAGAAACAGAACAUCGAGACUCUGAAGACCACGUGCAGCAUGCUGGAGGAGCAGGUGGUGGAGCUGGAGAGUCUGAACGACGAGCUCCUGGAGAAGGAGAGACAGUGGGAGAACUGGAGAUCUGCUCUGGAGGACGAGAAGAACCAGGCGGAGCGCAGGACCCGAGACAUGCAGAGACUGCUGGACAACGAGAAGCAGAACAGGUUGCGAGCGGACCAGCGCAGUACCGAGUCCCGGCAGGCGGUGGAGCUGGCCGUCCGCGAGCACAAGGCCGAGAUCGUGGCUUUGCAGCAGGCUCUGAAGGAGCAGAGGCUGAAAGCAGAGAGUCUGUCUGAUACCCUCAAUGACCUGGAGAAGAAACAUGCCAUGUUAGAGAUGAACGCAAGGAGCCUUCAGCAGAAACUUGAGACGGAGAGAGAACUCAAACAAAGACUCAUGGAAGAGCAAGGGAAGCUGCAGCAGCAGAUGGACCUGCAGAAGACACACAUCUUCAGACUCACACAGGGACUGCAGGACGCUCUGGACCAGACUGACCUGCUCAAGACCGAGAGAACCGACCUCGAGUACCAGCUGGAGAACAUCCAGGCCGUCUACUCGCAUGAGAAAGUGAAAAUGGAGGGAACCAUCUCGCAGCAGACCAAGCUCAUCGACUUCCUGCAGGCCAAGAUGGACCAGCCCACCAAGAAGAAGAAGGGUAUCUUCGGACGCCGGCGUGAGGAGGUGGGCGUCACGGCUAACGGCGCCGCUGCGGUCUCGUCUCAGCCCGCCGUUCCUCUGCAGUACGGAGACAUGAAGGCGGCGCUGGAGAAGGAGCGGACGCGCUGCUCGGAGCUGGAGGAGGCGCUGCAGAAGAUGAGGAUCGAACUACGCUCGCUACGAGAGGAGGCGGCUCAUUUUAAAGCGCAGGAGCACGUGGCUCCGUCCACGCCAGCGUCCGCCCGUCAGCAGAUCCUCAUGUCGGCCAUCGUGAAGUCUCCGGAGCGCCAGCCCAAUCCCAGCAGCCUCCUGAACCCGUCCAGCUCGGCCCGCCGCAAAGAGAGCUCCACACCGGAGGAGAAGAGGAGGGUGACGUUUGAAAAGUACGGGCGGCGCGUGAAGGAGCGAAUGCAUCACAACAUCCCUCAUCGCUUCACCGUGGGUCUGAACAUGAGAGCGGCCAAGUGUGCCGUCUGUCUGGACACGGUUCACUUCGGCCGACAGGCUGCCACGUGUCUGGAGUGCCGUACUCUCUGCCAUCCCAAGUGUUCUCCGUGUUUGCCGGCGACCUGCGGUCUUCCUGCUGAAUACGCCACUCACUUCUCUGAGGCUCUGUGUCGGGAUAAAGCCAGUUCCCCGGCUCUGCAGGUCAAAGAGGCCUCGGGUCACGUGCGUCUGGAGGGCUGGAUGAAGCAGCCCAGAAACGGUAAGAGAGGGCAGCAGGGUUGGGAGAGGAAGUACGUGGUUCUGGACGGGACCAAAUUAUCCAUCUACGAGUCUGAGCCGGCCGAAGACUCGGUGAAGGCGCAGGAGGAGUUCGAGCUGUGUUUGCCGGACGGUGAGGUGACCGUUCACGGAGCCGUCGGAGCCUCGGAGCUCAUCAACACGGCUAAAUCAGAUAUCCCGUACGUGCUGAAGCUGGAGUCUCAUCCUCACACCACGUGCUGGCCGGGUCAGUCUCUGUACUUCAUGGCUCCUAGUUUCCCAGAUAAGCAGCGCUGGGUGGCUGUUCUGGAGUCAGUGGUGGCCGGCAGCAGAGGGUCCCGAGAGAAGAGCGAGGCGGACGCGGCCGGUGUUAAACGUCAGAAGACUCUCUCUCCGCUGGUUCAGAAGCUGCUGGGAAACUCUUUGCUGAAGCUGGAGGGAGACGACCGGCUGGAUAUAAACUGUACUUUACCGCUGACUGACCAGAUCGUGCUGGUGGGCUCAGAGUGAGUGUGUGU